CAUCCGGUUGAACAUCUGUGUCAUUGUUCCAUCUUUGACAUGUCAUUCCCCAACAUGUCUGCCUCCAUGGUGGCCCGGGCGACCGUCCGAGCAGUCACUAAAAGAAAGAUAUUAGCCACUAGAGCUGCUUUAACUCUGACUCCCUCUGCUGUGAAGAGGAUCAGGACUUUACUGGAGGGUAAACCAGAAUACAUUGGUCUGAAGGUGGGUGUGAGGACACGGGGCUGUAACGGUAUGACCUACACUCUGGACUUCACCAAACAGAAGGAUCAGGCUGAUGAGGAGGUGCUGCAGGACGGUGUCCGUGUAUUUAUAGAGAAGAAGGCCCAGCUCACUCUGCUGGGGACCGAGAUGGACUUCGUGGAGUCCAAGCUGUCCAGUGAGUUCGUCUUCAACAACCCCAACAUCAAGGGCACCUGUGGCUGUGGAGAGAGCUUUAACAUGUGAGAGGGCUUCCCGCUGGGACCUGGCCUCACGACACAGCCAAACGUCAUCCUCAUACCCAUACUCACCACCCACAAACCCCACACACACACAUCUCACACACAUCUCACACCGCCCUUCCCUUCCCUACCUGGAGGCCUGUGAGUGAAGUGAAUAAAGGCCUGAUGGACACAACGUGAGAGAAGGAUUGUGGUGUGGAGUUCUCUGAGACAGACAUGGGAUGUUUCUGUGCUGUUACAGAAUGAGUUGUGUUGCUGUGGGUCUUGUGACGGUGUACUGUAGGGCUAAUAUCUAUCUAAACACUGGGCUGUGACAUGCUGAGCCCCCUGAAACCUUGUUCCAUAAACAUGCAUGUGGUUCUGGCAGUAACCAUAGACACAGUACCUGAGGGACUUGGAGAGCUGCCAAAGUAAAGGGAACGCCAACGUAAAAUAUCUUAAUAGGGCGUUGGGCCUCCACCAAUCAGAACAACUUUAGUACAUCUUGGCAUAAAUUCUACAAAUUUCUAUUGGAGGGAUGAGACACCCAUUCUUCCACGAGAAAUUCCAUAAUUUGGUGUUUUGUUGAUGGUGGUGGGAAACGCCGUCUCAGGCGCCACUCCAGAAUCACCCCGUAAGUGAUCAAUUGGGGUUGAGAUCUGGUGACUGAGACGGCCAUGAUUUACAUUUGUUUUCAUGCUCAUCAAACCGUUCAGUGACCACUGCCAUCCACAAGGCAUGAAAACAAAUGGUCCACCCAAAAUUUGUAUACAUGACCCUAAGCAUGAUGGGAUGUAAAUUACUGAAUUAACUCAGAAAUCACACCACUGUGUGGAAGCACCUGCUUUUCAAUAUACUUUGUAUCCCUAAUUUACUCCAGUGUUUCCAUGAUGUUUGGUAGUUACCUGUAGGCUGAAUAGUCGCGUAAAGCCAAGGACAUGUUGGGCGUGUUUGAUGGGUGAUGCUAAAGUCAACGACUGUAGUAGACAAGUCGAGGAAGCAGCAUGACAUGGAGAAAAAUGGAGGUCUGUGACCGACUCAAUAGUGCUGCCCAUGCUAACUCAAUUUUAAAGUAGUCCAUUUUCUUCAUUGGCUUGGGCCUCCCAAGUGGCGCAGCGGUGCCAAGAGUGUGCAAAGCUGUCAUCAAGGCAAAGGGUGGCUAUUUUGAAGAAUCUCAAAUAUAUUUUGAUUUGUUAACACUUUUUUUUUUUUGGUUACUACAUGAUUCCAUAUGUGUUAUUUCAUAGUUUUGAUGUCUUCACUAUUAUUCUACAAGGUGGAAACUAGUAAAAAUAAAGAAAAACCCUGGAAUGAGUAGGUGUUCUAAUACUUUUGACCGGUGGUGUAUAUAUGUGUGUGUAUAGGCUUAUAAAGAAAGAACUGAGCAUACAAAACAUUAGGAACACCUUCCUAAUAUUGAGCUACACCCCAGAACAGGCUCAAUUUGUCUGGACAAGGACUCUGCAAGGUGUUGAAAGCGUUCCACAGGGAUGCUGGCUCAUGUUGACUCCAAUGCUUCCCACAGUUGUGUCAAGUUGGCUGGAUGUCCAUUGGGUAGUGGACCGUUCUUGAUACACACAGGAAACUGUUGAGUGUGAAAAAGCCCAGCAGCAUUGCAGUUCUUGACACAAACCAGUGCGCCUGGCACCUACUACCAUACCCCGUUCAAAGACACUUAAAUAUUUUGUCUUUCCCAUUCACCCUCUGAAUGCUUAAAAAUCCUUCUUCAACCUGUCUCCUCCCCUUCAUCUACACUGAUUUGAAGUGGGUUUAACAAGUGACAUCAAUAAAGAAUCAUAGCUUUCACUUGGAUUCACCUGGUCAAAUCUGUCAUGGAAAGAGCAGGUGUUCCUAAUAUUUUGUACACUCUGUGUAUAGCUAUAUAGGCUGUGUGCUGUGAAUACUACAGAUUUGUAACUAGUGUACAGUUGGUGAUGCGUCGACUAGAAUAAAUAGAUUUUAAAUCUGUGA